CAACACAGGGGCCGCGGCAGGCGGACUCUGCCUCCAGACACCAUGCCCACCGUGGACGACAUCCUGGAGCAAGUCGGCCACUUCCACUUCUUCCAGAAACAAACCUUCUUCCUCCUGGCGCUCAUCUCCGCAGCCUUCACGCCCAUCUACGUGGGCAUCGUCUUCCUGGGCUUCACCCCCGACCACCGCUGCCGGAGCCCUGGCGUGGCCGAGCUGAGCCAGCGCUGUGGCUGGAGCCCCGGGGAGGAGCUGAACUACACGGUGCCGGGCCUGGGCGCCGCCGACGGGGCCUUCGUCCGCCAGUGCAUGCGCUAUGAGGUGGACUGGAACCAGAGCUCCCUGGACUGUGUGGACCCGCUGGCCAGCCUGGCCCCCAACAGGAGCCACCUGCCGCUGGGCCCCUGUCAGCACGGCUGGGUGUAUGACACGCCCGGCUCCUCCAUCGUCACCGAGUUUAACCUGGUGUGUGCCCGCUCCUGGAUGCUGGACCUGUUUCAGUCGGCAGUGAACAUCGGCUUUUUCAUCGGCUCUGUGGGCAUCGGCUACCUGGCAGACAGGUUCGGCCGUAAGCUCUGCCUGUUGGUCACAAUCCUCAUCAAUGCUGCGGCCGGGGUCCUCAUGGCUGUUUCUCCCAACUACACCUGGAUGUUAAUUUUCCGCUUGAUCCAAGGGCUGGUCAGCAAAGCAGGCUGGCUCAUAGGAUACAUCCUGAUUACAGAGUUUGUCGGGCUGAAUUAUCGGAGAACGGUGGGGAUUUUAUACCAGGUGGCCUUCACCGUGGGGCUCCUGGUGCUGGCCGGGGUGGCCUACGCCCUCCCCCACUGGAGGUGGCUGCAGCUCACGGUGACCCUGCCCUACUUCUGCUUCCUGCUCUAUUACUGGUGCAUCCCUGAGUCGCCAAGGUGGCUCAUCUCCCAGAACAAGAACGCCAAAGCCAUGAGGAUCAUGGAGCACAUUGCAAAGAAAAACGGAAAAUCUCUGCCUGCAUCUCUUCAGAGCCUGAGAGCGGCCGAGGACGUCGGCGAGAAGCUGAAUCCCUCCUUCCUCGACUUGGUCAGGACCCCCCAGAUAAGGAAGCACACCUGCAUCUUGAUGUACAACUGGUUCACCAGCUCGGUCCUCUACCAAGGCCUCAUCAUGCACCUGGGCCUCGCAGGGGGCGACAUCUACCUGGAUUUCUUCUACUCUGCGCUGGUGGAAUUCCCGGCCGCCUUCCUCAUCAUUGCCACCAUCGACCGCGUCGGUCGCCGGUACCCGUGGGCCGUGUCCAAUAUGGUGGCAGGGGCUGCGUGUCUAGCCUCCGUGUUUGUCCCUGAUGAUCUGCAGGGGCUGAGGAUCGCUGUGGCCUGCUUGGGCAGGAUGGGGAUCACCAUGGCCUACGAGAUGGUGUGCCUGGUCAACGCCGAGCUGUACCCCACGUUCAUCAGGAAUCUCGGUGUCCUGGUCUGCUCCUCGCUGUGCGACAUCGGCGGCAUCGUCACGCCUUUCCUGGUCUACCGGCUCACGGCCAUCUGGCUGCAGCUGCCCUUGGUGGUGUUCGCGGUGGUGGGCUUGGUGGCAGGAGGACUGGUGUUGAUGCUGCCAGAAACCAAAGGGAGAGCCUUGCCUGAGACCAUCGAGGAAGCUGAAAACCUGCAGAGACCAAGAAAAAACAGAGAAAAGGUGAUUUAUGUCCACGUUAGGAAAGCGGACGGUCCACUAACGUAAGGAGGCUGGUGCUCCUGCGGCGGCCUCGCUCUGUGAUGCCAAGGCGAGACGCGGACACUUCCUGUCCCACCACGAAGCCCUUCCAGCCUGACCUCGCUUGCCCUCGAGCGGUGAACCUGGUCCACCACACGCAGAGUUUGCUGCACAACUGUGCAAACGCCGACUACGGGACCAGAUCCUGCCACGUCCUUCCCUCUCCCCCUGUUCUCGGCACUGGAAUUCCAUGGUUUUCUGCAGUAUUUCUCCAUCCUUGUGUUGCUUAAUUUGAUAUCUUCCCCCACAAUGACAACAAACCAAAAUACAUAUGGGAACUGGGGGCCAGGAAAACCCCAUAGAAAAAUUCUAAAAAGCAAGAGAGUUGGGAGAGAAGAGUCUAUUUUCUUAAAGAGAAGUAAAACUCUCAAAGCCAAA